CAAGUCCGGGAUAGAAGCGCUAGUAACUUAAUAAGAAGUAGUAAUUUUCUUGCAUUUACGAGCAGUCAACAGUUAUACCUUUUUCAAGCUAUGGAUUUAGUAAGUUUUGAAGUUUACGUAAACAAAGAUCUAACGUUAACAAUUACAACCGAUCGACAAUCAGCUGACAGAGCAUUUAGAGAUCAAACCUAUUUACAAGAAAUAACAAGUCAAGAAUUGAAUAAAUUAAACUUGCAAGCAGCAAAUAAAAUAAAUAGUUUGACACAAACUAUCUGUGGCACAAAUGAAACAAUGAAUGCAAUACACACUAUCUGUGAAUCAAAUGAAAAUGAAGAACCAGAUGAACAAUCAUCAUUAUGUGAAGAAAGAAAUAUUUCGUUAUGGUCACCGAAUGACACUCGUCUUCUUUUAACAAUAUACAAAGAAAAGGAAAAUAAUUUAAAAACAGGACGAUUAAGACAAGGACAAUUUUGGGAAAUUAUUGCCAAAGAAAUAAACAGAAUUAAUCCUAAGAUACAAAAAACUGCAUUGCAAUGUAGCAAUAAGAUUGCUUGUUUAAAACGUACUUAUAAAAAUAUUAAAGAUCACAAUAAUAAAUCUGGCAACAACAGAAAAAAAUGGUCAUUUUAUGAGGAUAUGAAUGACAUUUUUGGUAGUCGAGCGUGGGUUGCUCCGAAAUAUUUGGCUUCAGAAGCUGGUUCAAAGCUAGUCCAAUGUUCAUCAUCCAGUACAUCAACAUCUUCACCGACGACCACUAGAGUACCUAAAAGAAAAAGAGAAGUUCUUUUAGAAGAACUAAUAAAUGAGACCAAAAUCCAUUACGAAGAAAAAAAAAUACGAGAAGAGAAAAAACUUCAAAUGCUUGAUGAAUUUAGAGAAGAAAAGCUUAAAAUGCACAAGGAAAAGCUCAGUAUGCAGCAACAACUAUUGGACGCAAUAACAAAAGCACAUUUGACAAACAAACAGUAACAUCAGUUUUUGCAACAAAUAUUUGCAUUUUGCAUGCAUUUAAAAUCAUUAUGAUAUUGAUUUUCAACAAUAUUUUUGUCUAUCAUUUAUUAAAUCAUUAUUUAAAAUACAAAUAUUGUGCAGAACAAACGUAGUAACUACAUAUUCAGGAAUUUUUUCUAAAUCUAUGAAGCAGUUUUCUUUAUU